AUGACUCACGAUACUUCCCCUAGUAAAGUUCUCGAUGAUUAUGAUUUAUUGGGACGUAGUGGAUUAAGAGUUUCUCAAUAUGUCUUGGAACUUCGGAAAUCAUCGAAAGAGUCUUGUAGAAAUUUAGAUGAAAGUUUUAAACGGUUAAAUAUGAGUUAUGUUGAUAUUUUAUAUGUUUUAUAUGUUGCUAUAAGCAACACUCCAUCUUGGGAACUCGCUCGAGCUAAUGCUAUUGCUGAAUUACCCCUUUCAUUGAUUGGACUUCAAUCACGUUAUAACUUGUUGGAUCGAUCUUUAGAAUUUGUCUUACAACCUGCUUGUGCUGAACUUGAUGUUGGAAUUCUUCUAUGGGGUGUCACUGCCGAAAGUUUUCUUACCGGAAAAUAUACGAGAAAAUCAGCCGUUGUUGCUUUAAAUUGGGUUCAACAAAACUGUUCUACAAUUGGUGCCAGAGCAGCCGCCCAGCUUGAAGAAAAUCUUAAAUCACUUGAAUUUAAAAUGUCACCUGAACAAAUGAAACAACUUGAUGAAGUAUCUAAACCAACUGAAAUUCCAUUUCCUUACUCGUAUGUUUUGACAUUUUUGAUAGACAUAUCGGAAAAAACAUUGAAGUUCCAAAAAAAUUUUGAACCUGUUGAUUUUAUCGUUGAGAUAAAUAAUAAAGGUGUGAAAGAACGAAAAAAAAAGAAAAAAUAG